CGCACGUUUAGUCUAUUAGCACACAUUGUCAUCCAACACUUGGGCGUCAACGCGUGAUCUCGCGUCUCCGGAACGUCCGGAAGAUGUUGGAUCGGGCUAGACACGUGGGAAACAGGUAGGUCGAGGUGGAGGCAGAGACGAAGGGAAAGAGUGGAUCCUCCGCCUCGUGUGCGGCGGAAGAGUGAUAUCAUCCUCCUUCUCCAACCUGCCCUGCACUUCCCACUUCGCUCUCCUCAUAGCGCACCUCGAGCAAAGAAGCGGCCGACACCAUGACGACCCCGCGCGUCUUCAUCAUCCGCCACGGCGAAACGGAAUGGUCGCUCAACGGCCGCCACACCGGCACCUCCGACAUCCCGCUCACGGCCAAUGGCGAGAAGCGCGUCCGCGCCACAGGCAAGGCGCUCGUCGGGCCCGACCGCCUCAUUGUCCCCUCCAACCUCGCGCACAUUUACGUUUCGCCACGCAAGCGUGCCCAGCGCACUCUCGAGCUGCUCGGCCUGGCAUGCCAUGAGGAGAUGCCGUGGGCGCCGCAUGGGGAGAUGGCGGAGGGGAAUGUGGCGUGCGCGGAGGGCGCGCGGGCGAAGAUUGAGGUGACGGCGCAGAUUUCCGAAUGGGAUUAUGGGGAGUAUGAGGGGAUUACGAGCCAGGAGAUUCGGAAGAGGAGGGAGGAGAGUGGGGAGGGAUCGUGGGAUAUCUGGAGGGAUGGAUGUCCCGGGGGAGAAUCACCAGAGCAAAUCACAGCGCGACUCGACGAUCUGAUCAAGAGCCUGCGCGAACGAUAUCACGCUGAUGCCAUUGGCAAGCCGAAGGGUACGGUUAAGAAGCCCUACGACGUACUCAUUGUCGCUCACGGCCAUAUCUUGCGAGCAUUUGCCGGACGAUGGAUUGGCAAGAACAUUGCGGACAACCCCAGUCUACUGCUGGACGCUGGGGGAGUAGGCACUUUGAGCUACGAGCAUCACAGUUUAGAUGAGCCGGCAAUCUUGCUAGGCGGUGCAUUUAUGAGCGAUGUAGUGGAUCAUGCCGUCGAGGAUGCUACAAAGGAGAAGCAUUCGAGUUGAUCUGCACGGGGCCUAGAAUAUGGAUGGUCGUUUACGGCUGCUACGCAAGUUUGACAGUACAGGACUGACGAAAGAACGAAACAUGUCGAUGGCAUAGGGGUGUUGCCAGUCCCAACGAAUCGUUGUCUUUUGACGAUGUCACACUUGAGCGACGCCAGAGUGGCUACAUGAGAUCUAUCUAGAAGCAGAGCGAUUGCCGCAACAUCUUCUACAUCCCUCGAAUACUUCGC